AUGUCGACGAAAUACGCAUUCCUAUCUUUGCCCCAGGGCGUUUUUGACUCGAGCGAUCGCGAUGAUGCCAUAUCAUCAUUGCGCGGGACCAUCUCUUCCGACAAUGGGUCCGUUCUGCCUUUCAACAUCCCCGAUUUCAAGAUCGGCACUCUGGAUGCCCUGGUGCAACAGGCGGAUGAGCUUACCAAGCUCGAGGCGUCAUGCCAGGCUGUUGUGUCCAAGGUCGCCGAUUCUCUGAAGAAUGUGCUUGAGGGUGACGAAGAUCGUAUCGCCCAGUAUAAGAUGGUCAACGACAAACCCACUGAUCAAUACGUGAGCACUUUCAGCUGGAACAAAAUCCGAUAUCGAGCCGACAAGUCCCUUGCAGAGCUUAUUAGCACUUUGCAAAAGGCGCGUUCAUCCACCAACCGCAGUCCUAAGCUCCAACUAACAUGCCAUCAGGAAUUAGCUAACGUUGACACCGACGUUAAGACAAAGUUCAAUCAGUAUAACUCUGUCAAGACAAAUCUUGCGGCUCUGCAGCGCCGCCAAACCGGCAACCUUUCUACCAAGUCCUUGACCCCCAUUGUCGACCCGAAACUUCUUGUGCAGGAUUCUGAGUACAUUGAGACACACCUCAUUGUUGUUCCUGGCAAUGCAAAGAAGGAUUUCAUUAAGGAGUAUGAGACAAUAUCACCCAUGGUUGUGCCUCGCUCGGCUAUCGAGGUGGCCAAGGACGACGAGUUUGUUCUCUUUGCUGUGGCGACAUUUAAGAAGCAUAGCGCCGAAUUCCUCGCCAAGUGCCGAGAACAGAAGUGGACGCCCCGUCAGUACAAGUACGUUGAAGGCGGUCGACAAGAAGAGCAAAGGGAGCUCGAUCGAGUCACCAAUGAAGAGCGCAAGGUUUGCGGCGAGGCUCUGCGUAUGGGACGCACGGGAUGGAGUGAAAGUGUCAUGAUCUGGAUACAUGUUAUGACAUUAAGGGUCUUUGUUGAGGCAGUUCUUCGUUAUGGCCUGCCUCUAGAUUACGUAUCGGUCCUAGUCAAGACUACAUCCAAGCUGGCGCCCAAGGUCAAGGCUGCUCUGGACUCAAACUACUCGUUCCUUGGCGGCAAUGCCUUUGGACGGGACAAGCGAGGCAAGAUUACCAAGGACGACGCUGCGCUGAGCUCGGAGAUGGCAGCCGCUGGUUUCCAGACUGGCGAGGGACAUGAAUACACGGCAUACGUAUAUUACGAGAUCGAGUUUCCUUAG